AUGAUGGCGCCGCCGGCGGCGGCGUACCAGGAACAGCAGGAGUUCCCGUAUCAGCAGCAGCAGCAGCAGUACGGCGUGAUCAACCCCAACGGGCCGGACGCCGGGGUGUUGCUCGGUCCCGGACCCCCCGACGGGGUCAUGCCGUACUCCAAGAGCCACAAGGCCCGCGGCUCCGUCCCGCUGCCGUUCGACCCGACGACGAUGCUACCGGCGUGGAUGGGCGGGUCGGCGGGAGCGGCGGCGGCGGCCGGCGGGGCGGCGGCGGCGGGGGGCGCCAGCGCUGCCGGAGAGGGGGGAAGAGGAGGGCUGUCCGGAUUUUUCGGGGGAAUGGUGCCCCCGGGCAUGAAGCCGGGCGGCGGCGACAAGAAGGGCGGCAAGAAGUCUAAGAAGGGGAAGGAGAAGGAGGAGGAGGAGGAAGAAGAGGAGAAGAAGGGAGACGAUUCCGGGGAAGGGGAGACGGACCCGGCCACCGCUGCCGCAACCCCGCCGCCCACGGUCGUCGACGACGACACCGACGGGGGCGGCGACAAGAAGGAGGACGGCGACGGCACCAGCGAUGAUGGCGGCGACGACGUCGGAGAGGAGGUCGUCGCGGACUCCGCCGCCGCCGCCGCCGCCGCCGCCGGCAUCGCCGCUGCCGUCGCCCGCUCCCCCAGCAGCUUCCCGGCGAUGCUACCCCCGGAGACCGACAUGCUCGACGUGAAGGAACCGGGGGGCGGCGGCGGGGACCUGGGGGGGGGGCCAUGGGUUCACUACUACAACAGGGACGGAGAUAAGUGGUGGAGAAACACCGUCACCGGGCAGCGGCUCAACCACGACCCGUACAGAUGA